ACACAAAGUAACACACGAUCACGUAGUGGCAACAUAUGUUACGUCUCUUCAUUUUUGAAUUAUAAAAGAAACCAAUUAAUCACACUACGUAAAUACCUACACCCAUCUAACCCUAUUUAUAGUGCUAGUCCAGAUGUAAGUGACACACUCUGUAUAUAUAUAUCAAGCGGUGGUGUGUGGUGGCCGGAGAAGUGAUCAAUGGCGGGAAUUGUGGUGGUUUUUGACUUUGACAAGACGAUCAUUGACUGCGAUAGCGAUAAUUGGAUCGUGGACGAAUUGGGUCUUAGUCAGUCAUUCAAACAACUUCUCCCUACCGUGCCUUUCAACUCUCUCAUGGACAGGAUGAUGAUGGAGCUUCACUCUAAAGGGAAAACAAUUGAGGAGAUCGCAGAGUGUUUGAGGAAGGUGCCAUUGCCUUCCAACAUUGUUUCUGCAAUUAAAUCAGCCCAUUCUUUUGGGUGUGAUUUGAGGAUACUAAGUGAUGCAAAUGUGUUCUUUAUUGAGACAAUUUUGGAACAUCAUGGGCUGCUGGAUUGCUUCUCAGAGAUCAACACAAAUCCAAGCUUGGUUGAUGAAGGCGGCCGCCUCAGGAUCUUUCCAUAUUACGACUUCAAGGCAUCUUGUCACGGUUGCAAAAUCUGCCCUCCAAACAUGUGCAAGGGUCUGGUGAUGGAGAAGAUUCGAUCUUCGCUACCUGCUAGAGGGACGAAACGUUUCAUCUAUCUCGGAGAUGGAGGUGCUGAUUUUUGCGCGGGUUUGAAGCUUGAAGAAAAAGAUUAUCUGAUGCCAAGGAAGAACUUCCCACUGUGGGAGAUCAUUAGAAGCAAACCAGAGCUUGUGAAGGCAGAGGUUCAGGAAUGGUGCGACGGAGCGGAGUUCCAGAGGACCUUACUCCAUCUUAUCAACAAAAUCUCCAUCGAAGAGAAUUGCAGAGUGGAGUCUGAUCAAUUGGUUGCGACGGAUUGUAAGUCGCAUACAAGUUCUGUACCUACACUUGAGCACUUCCAGAGUGCUCUUCCAGUUCCUUACUAGUUGAACAAAACUUGAUGAACAUUGUAGGAUACUAUUGUGUUAUUUGCUACUACUCAUUUUGUGAUCAAUAGGUCAUGUAAUUCUCUAUCUUGUGAUUAGAUUGAAGAAUGGACAGUUCCGUGGUCCUGGCUUGGCUUGAUUAAA